AAUUCUUAAAAUGGUUGUCACUGUCAGACGAAGAACAGUUCUUUUUAAUAAUUAUAUGCUCUGUCGCAUGAUUGCAAUAUCACCGUCAUUUACAUAAUGGGAGCCUAAUGUAAGAAUACUGACAUACCAUGACCCAUGGCGGGAGGACUAACGAAUGCCAGAUCACUCAGAAGAAGUCCCAUGUACGUGCAGGGCCAUCUAAAAUCCACUAUGGCUGCCUUGCCGUGCCAGAGAUCAGUCUUUACUCGUUAAUUGGAUUUGGAAGCAUCUCAUAUGUGCUGUAUUCCAUCUUCAGAGAUUCUGAUGUGUAUCAAGACUAUUUGAAUGCAUAUGAUUUUGAAGAUGGUUGGAAAAUCCUUGGUCGUAGAAAGGAUAUUUCCAACUUUGAGUGGACUUUCUGGUAUCGGUAUUUUUGGCAAUUGGUUCCAUGGUAUUCAGGACAUAUUGUGAUAAGCAAAUUACUGGAGUUUGAGUUUAAAGAUGCACGGAAGCAUGUUUUCCUGACGUACUCCUUGGUUUGUGUUAGUUUUGUUCUGGGUUGGAGAGUAGUUCUGUUUUUCAUUGGUCACUGCUGCUCAAUAUUUCUUGUCUCCUCUCUGAAGAGUUCUGUUGCUGUCUGGAUAACUAGCCUGUCUCUGUUAGCCACUCUCAACUAUGAAUACUUCCUUCCUUUUAUGAAAUGGUUGUGUGCCAUUCAAGAAGACACUCAGGAACGAGCUGUCUACCUGUUCCUCUUCGAACUUGCUCUAGUCAAUCUGCGCUACACCAGUUUCUGCUUGGAAAAGUGCAAAUCUUCCUCUAGUUUGAAAAAGACCCCUGACUGCUAUGGCAUGCUGGACAUGCUGUUAUAUGUAUUUUAUAUUCCCUUGUUUUUCACGGGGCCACUCCUGACAUAUGACAAGUUUGUUAUUCAGAUAAAUAAUUGCCAGCAAAAGUGGACCUUGGAGAAACUGUAUCCCAUUCUGAGAGACUUUGUCCGAGUUUUAUUUUGGGCCGUUUUUAUAGAAUUUAUUCUUCACUACAUGUACUUCAACGCUCUCAUGCAGAAUGUGCAUUUGUUGAAGAGCAUAUCAGUCUGGACACUGGUUGGCAUUGGUUACAGUCAGGGGCAGUUCUUCAUGGUCAAGUAUCUCGUCAUGUACGGUCUUCCUUCCCAGAUAGCUCGUCUUGACCACAUCGAUCCACCCAAGUGGCCAAAGUGUAUUUCCUAUAUCAUUCGCUAUUCCGACAUGUGGAAAUAUUUUGAUAGAGGAUUGUAUAGUUUUCUAAAAAGAUACAUAUACAUUCCAUUUGGAGGUUCGCAGGCAGGCAUGCUGAAGAGAUUGGCGGGUUCAUUGACGUGUUUCGUUUAUAUCUACUUCUGGCAUGGGGCCGAGUUUCAUCUGUUGCUGUGGAGCAUCUUUAACUUCCUCGGAUCGGCAGUAGAGUUGUUUGCUGCAUGGUUAGAGCAGACUAAACCCAUCGUGAAACUAGAGACGGAGUUGCUGUCUCCAGCCAGUGUUCGACGUCUCCAUGCUACUCUAGUUGUGCCGUUGUUCCUACUGUCGGCAUUUGCGAUCUUCUUCUUCUUCGGUGGGGAAGAGGUUGGCUCUAUCUUCUUUGAAAGACUCGUCACCAAAGCAUCGUUCCCAUCGCUGGUGGUGUUUUAUUUCCUCAUGUACUGCAGCAUGCAGAAUGCCAUGGAGGUGGAGCAGAGACUGAAGGUGAAGAGAGACUGAGGUUUUUACUCAGUGGUAGUCUGUGAUGAAGACAAACCAGAAACGGAUACUAGUAAUUAUUUCAAGAGCUAUCUUUAUUUCCAACACAGUAAAGAGUGUAAAGAGGUUUGUCAUAGUAUUUCAGGCAGUUAAGAUACAGUCAAACUGUCAUUUUAAAAUUAAAUGUGAUAAACACACACAAGGGCAGAUGCAAUUUUGUGGAUUAGGAGGGGAUGCCCUCCCCCCCCCCCCC